AUGACCACCAGGGCGAAGUGCGGCUUCCGUCAACCGGCGCUCUUCCACGCCGCUCCACUAUCGCCGAUCCCGAAGACCUUCCACAGCGCCCUCGUCGAUCCCAAUUGGCAGGAGGCUAUGGAAGCCGAGCACGAUGCUCUGCUGGUGAACAAGACUUGGGAUCUUGUUCCUCGCCCGCCUCGCACCAACAUCGUCACUGGCAAGUGGAUCUUCAAGCACAAGUUCCAUGCCGAUGGAACUCUGGAGCGGUACAAGGCGCGCUGGGUCCUCCGCGGCUUCACCCAGUGCCAAGGCGUGGACUUCGAUGAGACCUUCAGUCCAGUUGUCAAGCCGGCCACACCUGCUGGCUUCGAGGAUACAGCUCAUCCUGACCACGUCUGCCACCUGAACAAGUCUCUCUAUGGACUUAAGCAGGCGCCCCGUGCCAGGUACAGUCGAUUUGCUGCAUACCUGCUGUCCCUGGGAUUCACGGAAGCCAAGACGGACAUAUCCCUGUUCGUCUUCCGUCGCGGUGAUGAUAUGAUCUACCUGCUGCUCUACGUCGACGACAUUGUGCUCACUGCCUCUUCUACUGGACUCCUUCAGCGCACCAUCACUUCGCUGCAGUCUGAGUUCACCAUGAAGGACCUCGGUGAGCUCCAUCACUACCUGGGGAUGCAUGUGCAGCGCCGUGGCACUGGCUUGUUCCUUUCUCAGCGCCAGAACAUGGUGGACCUUCUAGAGUGCGCAGGCAUGGCUGAGUGCAAGCCGUGCACCACCCCUGUCGACAUUAAUCCGAAACUGCCAGCAGAUGGGCCGCCCGUCCAGAAUCCUUCAGAUUACCACAGCCUCGCAGGAGCUCUUCAGUGGCUGACCUUCACCUGUCCGGAUCUUACAUAUGCCGUCCAGCAGGUCUGUCUCUUCAUGCAUGAUCCCCGGGAGCCGCAUCUUGCUGCCCUCAAGCGCAUCCUGCGCUAUGUCCGUGGCACGCUGCAUAUGGGUCUUCUACUUCAGCCCUCUUGGGGCUCUGACUUGACGGUGUACUCCGACGCUGAUUGGGCUGGCUGUCCCGACACCAGGUGCUCCACCUCCGGCUAUGCAGUCUUCCUCGGCGACAACCUAGUCUCCUGGUCCUCCAAUUGGCAGAACACAGUCUCCCGUUCCAGUGCGGAGGCUAAGUACCGUGAGGUGGCCAAUGGCAUGGCCGAGGCCACCUGGUUGCGCUAA